GCGCGCACACACGCGCACACUGGCCCCCGCGCGCACACGCACGGAGGGCGCGAGCGAGCAGACGCGCACACCCGGCGAGCCAAGUUCCGCAGCCUGGCAUGGCUUCUGGGGACCUUUACGAGGUUGAAAGGAUUGUAGACAAGAGGAAGAACAAGAAAGGAAAAUGGGAGUAUCUGAUCCGGUGGAAGGGCUACGGGAGCACGGAGGACACGUGGGAGCCAGAGCACCACCUCUUGCACUGUGAGGAGUUUAUCGACGAGUUCAACGGGCUGCACGUGUCCAAAGAUAAGAGGAUCAAGUCCGGGAAGCAGCCCAGCACCUCCAAGCUCCUGCGUGAUGGCCGCGGCCCAUCGGUCGAGAAACUCUCCCACAGACCUUCGGAACCUGGAAAGAGUAAGGCGACCUCCCAUAAACGGAAGCGAAUCAACCCUCCCCUGUCCAAGCUGAAAAAAGGCUAUUCAGGCAAGCCCCCGGCGGGAGGCGACAGGGCCGCCAAGACGGUGUCUUACAGGACUACCCCCAGUGGUUUGCAAAUAAUGCCCCUGAAAAAGGCCCAGAACGGGGUGGAAAACGGGGAUGCCGGCUCCGAGAAGGACGAGAGGCACUUUGGAGACGGGUCCCACGAGCCCGGCCUGGAUCUGAAUGACCACGUUGGAGAGCAGGAUGUGGGCGAAUGUGACGUGAACCACGCCGCCGCGCUGGCGGAGAACGGGCUCGGCUCCGCCCUGACCAACGGGGGCUUGAACCUGCACAGCCCCGUGAAGCGGAAGCUGGACGCGGAGAAGGACUACGUCUUCGACAAGAGGCUCAGGUACAGCGUCCGCCAGAACGAAAGCAACUGUCGCUUUCGAGACAUCGUGGUGCGGAAGGAGGAGGGGUUCACCCACAUCCUGCUGUCCAGUCAGACCUCGGAUAACAACGCGCUGACACCCGAGAUCAUGAAGGAGGUCCGGCGCGCGCUCUGCAACGCGGCCACAGACGACAGCAAACUGCUGCUGCUCAGCGCCGUGGGGAGCGUGUUCUGCAGCGGCCUGGAUUAUUCCUACCUGAUCGGCCGGUUGUCCAGCGACCGGCGGAAGGAGAGCACUCGGAUCGCAGAAGCCAUCAGGGACUUUGUGAAGGCCUUCAUCCAGUUUAAGAAGCCCAUUGUGGUGGCCAUCAACGGGCCGGCCCUGGGCCUGGGCGCCUCCAUCCUGCCCCUCUGCGACAUCGUGUGGGCCAGCGAGAAGGCCUGGUUCCAGACGCCGUACGCCACCAUCCGCCUCACGCCCGCCGGCUGUUCUUCGUACACCUUCCCCCAGAUCCUGGGCGUGGCGCUGGCCAACGAGAUGCUGUUCUGCGGGCGGAAGCUCACUGCCCAGGAGGCGUGCAGCAGGGGGCUGGUGUCGCAGGUCUUCUGGCCCACCACGUUCAGCCAGGAGGUCAUGCUUCGGGUCAAGGAGAUGGCGUCCUGCAGCGCCGUGGUGUUGGAAGAGUCCAAAUGCCUCGUUCGGAGCUUCUUGAAAUCGGUGCUUGAAGACGUGAACGAGAAGGAAUGCCUCAUGCUCAAGCAGCUCUGGAGCUCCUCCAAAGGCCUGGACUCCCUGUUCAGCUACCUGCAGGACAAAAUUUACGAAGUCUGAAGGGCCCCGGCCCGGCCGCCCCAGUGCUCAAGGGCACCUGACCUCCAGCUCUGCCCUGUGUUUCGGGAAGCGGAGCCCGUGUCCGCCCCGGCCAAGGAGUUUGUCACGGUGUCUCUUUAUGCCUAGGGCUGUGUCCAUUCCUCGUGUCGUUUGGUUCCUCCUCAUGGGUUUGAUUUUGUGUCACAGAUGGGAAACGCAGCACACUUGGCCUCCCCCAUGUCCCCGCCUGGCCAGAGGGCUCUCGAGGGCUGUGUCUUCCCAGAGCUCUGCCGGGCACCGCCGUCCUUGCCCCACUUGCUGAAAUGCACCGUCACGGUCUAGGAAGGGGAAGGCCACUUCCCCCGUCCUUCUGACUCAGGCUGUGUCUACACAGUGCCUCUGAUUUGGAGACUUGGCUGUCUUUGCUCUCUGGUUACGUUCGGAUUGGGUGUCGGGGGAUGGUCAACCUUAGGGAGUUUGCAGGCCAAUGAGCAAAACGGUGGCGUACACCCAGCUUCAGUCUCCUCUCCGACGCACACCUGUGUGACUAUUAGGGCUUGGUCUCAAAACCCAAUUGAGUGAUUUACAAACCCAGAUAUUGUACAUUUAGAAAUGUUUUGUUAAAUAUAUAUUUUUAAAAC